UUUAGAAAGUCCCUCGGUGCCGCUUAUUCCUCAAGAGAACAGGAUUAAGAACCGUCGUUACUUGUUUGUUGUCUUUGGUCAAUUGUUGUCCGCACUUUGGUGAUGUCGCUACCAGAUCGCUCCUCGAAUUCGUGUAAUUUACAUGUCGCUCCGUCGAAAUUGAUCGCCGCUGAGAUCGUUGUGCAGGUUAAGACCGACGCGUUGUGAAAUUGAAAUUUGAAAUCCGCAGCAGGAUUGCGUUCGGUUCACCGCCGUCUGAAACACUGGUUUUUAUCCGUUCCGAGCGGAUUUUUCGAUAGUUUUCGAUUGGAACUGUUACAUAUUUAUCUCGAGUGGUGUAUCUAAACGUUUAAGGAUUUCUAUCUGUACGAAAGUUAGUGUAUAUUUCGCGAAAGUGUCAUGUGUUUCUUUGGAAAAGUGGUGUUCUAGAUAAUAACGCAGGAGGAUGAAGAGGCCGUUAGGCCUUUGGAUACUCUUAUCAGCAGGUAUUUUAUGGGUAAACACAAUAAGGGACGUUCAUGGAGCAAGAGCAACUUCCUUAGUUUUCGCUAAAUCUUCAACUAGCACCACAACUAGCACUGCAUCACCAUCAGAAUCGGAAUCUUCAGACGAAGAGCCGAACACGACUGAAACUGCGCCAGAAGGGACCAGCAAUGUGACGAAACCAGUACUCACGGGUAUACCUCAAAUCGACUACAUCUGGGAUCCGAAUCUGCCCAAGGAAUUGAACGGAUACAAUUUGUCCGAUUAUCCUUUUUACGAAAGGGUGCCGGAAAAUAUAACGUUCAAAUGUGAUGGACUGCACGAUGGAUUUUAUGCUAGUGUGGUCCAUAAAUGCCAGGUUUAUCACCAGUGCCUUUUCGGGACGAGAUACGAUUUUUUAUGUGCCAAUUACACAGCAUUUGAUCAGAAGACCUUCAUUUGCCACUUUGCAUCCGAAGUAGAUUGCAACAAUUCGAAAAAAUUCUGGCACAGGAACGACGCGCUUUACCAAGCGGCCACAACAACGACCAGCAAACCAGUAAUUAUCUACACGACACCUGCUGCACCAGCGCUUCCAGCGAUCGCAGCUCCUCCAGCAGCUGCAGUAGCUCCGGUAGCUCCAGUACUAGACCAGAGGAGGCUAGUGGGAAGGCCGUACCGCAGGCGCCGGCCUUAUUACGAUUAUUAUGACGAUUAUUACGACGAUUUUUACUACGACGACAGGCCGAGGUCGAGGGGUCGAAAAAGACCGAGGCCCCGACCUCGGCCUUACUACGAAGACUACGAAGACGACUACGAAGACGAGAGGUACGAGAGAAGAGGCGGCGGAGGCGGUCGCAGGACUGAAAACAGAAGACCGUACGAAAGGAGGCCUACCAGAGGUAGACAGAAAACGAGACCGAGGUACGAUUACGAUGACGAGGAAGACGAAGAGGAUAAGUAUGAGGAUGAUACGAGUACCAGUCGUAGAAAACCUUUAGAAACUAAUAAGAACGCGAAACGGCGACCAGUUGAGAAAACCAGUAAAGAUAAGAAGGAACCGCCUAAACAAGAAACAAAUAAAACAAUUGUGAAACCCUCCAGUGGGACGAUCUACGAUAGACCGAGAAUCGCCCCUAAAAUUAAACCCCCGGUGCCCAAAAACGAAGCCAACAAGUACGCCUACAAGUCCGUAUCGACGACGCGAAAAACGCCGGAAUACGAGGACGUAUACGAAGAAAUCAAACCAAAGACGACCGAAGAACCGGUUAAAAUAAAGCCGAACAAAACCCAAACCAGCACCCAACCCUCAACCAAGAAACCCACCGACGAUUACUACUACGAUUACGAAGACGACGAGGAUUUCUACCCGACCAGUAAGGAAAUGAUGAAGGAAAAAGAUAGCAAAACAACAACUAGUACCACAACUACUACAACGUCUACUACUACUACUACAACGACAACCACUACCCCUGCUCCAGUGGAAUUCAGCGAUCAUCUAUCGCAAUUCGACCAGCCGGUUAUAAUUCGUUUGGUGAAAAGGCCGUUUUUGCCCAGCAGAGGCGGGAAUCCCUUUGCAGCAAGAGGCUUGCAGCCUGUAGGUGUACACGCAGUAACAAAAUCUACAGAAAGCAGCACGAAACAAGUACACGACUUUACUGAAUCGGAUUUUCGCCCCAUACCUUCGACUUCCAGCAAGAUUCGCGACAAUAAAGAAGAGUACGGAAUGGAGUCGACGCACCGGCAGCAAACUAUCAAGCAAUACAAAAAUCCUCUGGAUAUAAACGUGGAGGAUUACGAUGUUACGCUAAACGAUGCACUUAAUCCCACUUUACCUAAUCUGCCGGUUAGGGCUUACCCUACAGGUUUCGAAGUGCAGAAUAAUUACCAAAAUAAUAAUUAUCAAAAAAAUAGGUACUCCGAUCAAACUGUGGCGCCCGCAACGUCCGAUUACGUUUUUAGAAAUAAACAGCAAGUCCCCCGAGGAAGCAUUAGAGAGCAGCCUGUACAGUCUAACGCGAAUUACCGAGGCGGAUAUUAUAGUGUGAUAGAAGACAAUUACAGGCCUAGACAAACGCAGAAUACUCAAUUUUUACCUGGUUGCAAGGUAUAUCAUCACUGCUUGUUUGGAAACCGUUAUGAUUUCCUAUGUGCCAACUACACGGCUUUCGAUCAAACGCUAUUUAACUGCAAUUUCGUAUCCAAGGUGGACUGCAAAAAUUCGAAGAACUUCUGGAGCAGAAACGACGCUCUGUACAAAGAAAAACCAACGGAGCCUCCGCCAGCGCUUGUAUACAGCUACUAUACCCAAGCGCCGCCAUCGGCUGUCGGACCUUCGCGUAGGAAUCCCCUAUUGCGACGAAUCCCUCAACCCAAUGUUAGUCCAGUACAAGCGGAAACUAAUGCAGCUCCACCACCGCCCCAACCUACUCAUAACCCACAAGCACCAUUAGAGGUCCUCACGCCCCAAAUUCCCGUUGAGGUACCUCUGGCAGUGAUGCCAAGAAGGCGGCCGGCCAGACUACGCCCUUUCUACGAUUAUUAUUACGAUUACGAGGAGCCCCCAUAUUACAGGAGGAAAAGACCCAGACCAGCAAGGCCAUAUUACGACGAUGAGUACGAUUAUUACGAAGAUCGAUACGAAAGAAGAGGGGAUCUUCGUAGAAGAAGACCCUACAACAGACCUAUGAGGAGAUAUCAAGGAACAAGAGACAAGUAUGAAGACGAGGAGUACGAGAUGUACGAUGAAUUGGAAGGUGAGGAACCUAGAAGAAGGAAAUCUAACAGAGGAGGAGCUGUAUCCGCAAGCAGAAACAAACCAAGGCGACAAUCAACUAGAAAACAACAUACUGGUAAAACUAACCGCAAACAACCGGAUUAUUAUUACGAUGAAGAAUACGAUGAUGAACCAGUAAACAAGAAACCUCUUAGCGAAUCAAGUAAAAAUCGACCCGCAAACAGAAGACCUGCUGUUGAGUACGAAGAGGAAGAAGACAAUCCGAGAGUGCACAAACGGGACGAUGAUAAAACAAUAAUAAAACCUACAAGCGGUACCAUUUUCGACCGUCCAAGAGUGGCUCCCAAAGUAAAUUUACCCGUUCCGAAAAAUGUAGCCGACAAAUAUUCCUACAAAGCAAUGAAUGCUAAAAAUAAAGAACCAACAUCAGAUGAAUAUUCGUACGCCGUUGGGAAAUCCACGGAGAAAUCCACGACUCCCGACAAUCACGACGUCACUACCAUGAGAGGCAAUUUCAAGAGACCUUACCUAACUAGAAGACCGGCAAAUUCCAAUUCCCAAGAGGGUACAACAACCAACAGAAGAACUAAAAACGAAGAUGAAAUUCAAGAGAGCAAAGCCUCUGUUAGAGUGAAAAUUCCCGCUGAAGAAGCUGGCGCUCAAAAAGAUGGCAAACGCCAGCAAGACAGGAGAACUUUAUCGAGGAUCAACAUGUACAAGUCGAGGCAUUCGUUGAGCAUGUCCGAAGAACAAGACGCCGACGCGGAAGAUUUGACUGAAAUUGAUGAUUCCAUUAACGAAGCCUAAAUUAAAAAUAAAGUUUAGGUCAAUGAAAUCGUUUUUUUUUACUUUAAAUUAUACUUACUAAUGAACCUGGCAGUAUUCUGAAAUUGAAAUGGCAAACAGGUUUAUAUUAAUAACAAAAACUCAUUUGACUUGAAAAUGCAUUAAAUUUUUUUAUUUAUACAGUGUGAUAAUGGAAUUAUAUAUCUGCAGGUAGUAGAGACAUUUUUUGUAACUACAAAUGAAGCAAUUUCUUUACAACUAAAUAUUCUAUAAAAAAACAGAAAAUUUCGUCAUUGCUGGGUUUGAAAUUGUAAACUUAUACUAAGGCGAAAAAUUACUUUUAUGAACUAGAGGUCCUUGGAGUAAUUACCAAAUUCAUAUUAUUUAUAUCAAGAUCUAACAUAUAGCUUAAAGCGAGAACUACAAUUAAUUAUAUGUUAUAUGCCGUAUUUUCUCUUCCUAUACAGGGUGUUCCAUAAUGUCAUGCUAUAUAAUGGGGGUGAAUCUUGGACCCAUUUUAAGAAAAAAAACUUCAUAUGAACAUAUGUCCUAAACCAAAAAUUUAUUAUUUUUUUUUGUUUUAG